AUGCCCAUCCCCGCGGCCUUGCAUGGGCGUCUGCGCCAGUUCACCGUAGCCUUUCUGGUACCAGCGUCAGCAGCAUUUCUGUACUGGGCUGCUUGUCACUUUUACGAUACUCGCUCGAACACGUUGGAUCUGCGCCAGGAGACGAGCAAAGUGAUCAUCGCUCGUAACUCAGCUCCGCGUUGGCACAUUUCACUUCUUCUUGGGAUCGCCCAGGCAUACGCUUUGUCCGAGUACGCACGAUUGGUCUUACUGCUGCUGCACGAUCCGCACGGGGCGCAACUCUGUUAUCGGCAGCAAAUCUCUGCAUCCGAGCAGAGAAGCAUGCUCGACGAUAGUGAGGUGCGCCGGGAGAUGUCGCAUGCAAUGGACACGGACGACGAGCUCGAGUCGUCGAUCCUCUUCGAUUCGAGCCUAGAGUCAGCAGUUGCCGUCAGCACGCCCGAAAUGAACACGGCCGUGCAGCGCGACGACAUCUCCACCAACAUGCUCCUCACGCCCUCAUGCCAGUCUUCCGACGACUCGGAAAUGGAAGCUGCCAAGCCGGCAGGCUGCGGUCGCGAGAACCAGCCCGGAGGAGAGGGCUCACCCAUUCCACCAUCUCUGUGCGCUUGCGAGGAAGACGACCUUCUCGUAGCAGUCGAAGACGAUGUUCGGAAGCCGGACGCUGCUGGCACCUGCCCGAGCUUUGCCAGACUCGCGCACCACAGUGCACACGUGGAGGGAUCAGUGGCUCCCACUGACGGUGAUCGUGAGGAUGCCGACCAUGGCGAGGAAACAACCGAUGCGAGCAUGCAUGAGCCGUUCAGCGCUAACGAGGGUGCGAACCCUGCCCAUGAGCACCUCGAGGAGGAACAGCGGUACCGCGAGCAGCUUCUGAGCGCAGCUGACGAGAGCUCGAUGGACAUCCUCUGA